AUGGUGGUGCCGAAGCCCCUGAAGGGGGGUCGCAGCCCGCUCGACUCGGAGCGCUCCUGGCGGCUAGCCAUGCACAUACAGGAGAAACAGCUCAUGUACGACACCUGUCAUAUGAAGCAGGUCAUACGACUGAUAAAAAAGCUCCGCGAUUCCUUAGGCAUGGACAACAUUGCUAGCUACUACAUCAAGACCAUAUUCUACCAUGAGGCCAUCGAACGAGAGCAAGACGAAGAUUUUUGGUGCAGAAACAGCCGCGCAGACCUCUUCAUACACAUGGUCAAGAAGUUUCUACAAUACAUGGAAAACAAGAACAUUCCAUACUUCUGGAACCCAGACAAUAAUUUGAUAGGACACAUUCAUGACUCGACUUUAACCAGCUACGCAAAUCAGCUCAGGAAACUAGUCAAGUUUUUGAAUAAUUUGGAUGACCCGUCGAACUAUAAGAAGGUUGCGAAGUUUUUGUUGACGGAGAGCCAGUUUCAGUUAGUCCACACUUCGAAACCUCAAGAAAAUCCGAAAAACCCAGUAAGAAAUUUGAACAGCUUACUUCGUGACAUAUACGAAGUGAGAGACAAGCCGGUGAGGGACCAGCAUUUUCCGAAAUACUUCAAAGUGUUCCAAGCUGUGUCCUUAAAGUUUAACGAUCUGAUGAAGCAGGUGGACCCAUACUAUGAGCGGUAUUCCUUAGUCCGAUUUGAGGGUAGAAAAGACCGGCUACGCAUCAACAAGCCGGACGACCUCGACAUGGAAAUCGUCAUCGGCCUGCCUGUCAACACGCAUGAGCCUGCGCAUGGUGACGUCAUACAGGACGUGGCACCCGGUUUUGUGAAGCUGAAUAUUGGAGACCAGUUGCAAAACUUGCUGGAUAGGGAAGGAGAAUGGCAGAUAAUACAAACUGCUCACAGAUGGUUAGACAAGGACAACUAUCUGCUCCGCUCCCUGUUCAUGGACUGGUACAAGAGCGUAGUCGACAAAGCGUUGAACCUCUUCGAUGUGACUGAAGAUAACCUCCCGUUCGCCAUGACUAUGAUAAUGGUUGAGGGGGAUACGUACACCCUGCGAUUGGCGGACAGCCAGUCCUACACGCUGAUCGUCGAGGACCCGCAGAGCGGGUUCCGGCUGGACGUGGACCUGAUCCCGGCACUCGAGUUCCUUGACAAGGAUAGCACAAGGAUGCCGAGCAAGCGACGUAAGAAAGGAAAUUUCUUGGUGGUCCCUAAACCCAUGAAAGGUGGACCCGACGAGGGGGCGGCCUGGCGGCGCCCCCUGCAGCUGCAGGGGUGGGACCUCUUGUACAUGAAACAGGCCAUCCGACUGAUCAAGAAGCUCCGGGACUCCCAAGGCAUGGACAAAAUAGAAAGCUACUACAUCAAGACCAUGUUCUACCAUGAGUCCAUCGAACAAGAACAUGAUCCAGAUUUUUGGAGCAGGAACGCUCCCGCUACACUCUUCAUACACAUGGUUAAGAGACUUCAUCAAAAUCUGGAGACCAAAAACAUCCCGUACUUUUGGAAUAAAGACUAUAAUCUCAUAGGCAAUAUAGACGAGUCCAUCCUAGACGGUUACGCGAAAAAACUAAACAGAUUUAUUAAAGUUUUAGAAGAUCCUUCGGAGUAUAAAAUGGUUGCGAAGUACUUGAUGUCAGAGAGUCAGUUUAAGGAAUAUAAAAAGAAGUUAUUAAAGAUUUAACCU